AUGGACGCAUUUGAUACCCCCGGGCAGUUCGUCGCUGCGCUGUACAAGCCCACAGAGCUGCUGCCAAUUGCAAGACACAGACAGGGCCUCCUCUAUGCCAUUGAAAAGUACCCAGUCGUCAUCCUGGUGGGUGAGACAGGCAGCGGGAAGACCACCCAGCUGCCGCAGUUCCUCGACCAGGCCGGAUGGUGCAGCGAUGGAAAGCAGAUUGCCAUCACCCAACCGCGUCGAGUGGCAGUGACAUCGGUUGCGGCUCGCGUGGCAGGGGAGAUGAGAUGCCAGCUUGGUCAAGAGGUCGGGUACUCCAUCAGAUUUGAGGAUGUCACUUCGGCCUCGACGCGCAUCAAGUUCGUGACAGACGGCUUGCUGCUGAGAGAAGCACUGGUCGACCCGUUGCUGUCUCGCUACUCCGUCAUCAUGGUCGACGAGGCGCAUGAACGCUCAGUCAGUACGGAUGUGCUGCUCGGCGUGCUCAAGAAGAUCAGGAAGCGAAGGCCAGAGCUGCGCAUCAUUGUCAGCAGUGCCACGCUAAAAGCCGAAGACUAUAUGCAGUUUUUCGCUGGCCAGGAUGCCCCUGAAGACAAUGGCAUUGCAAGAAUUAUUACGCUAGACGGGAAGAUGUAUCCAGUCGACUGUCUGUACCUGGAGUCCCCUGCAGAAGACUACGUGGAGCGUGCCAUAAAGACCGUCUUUGACAUACAUGCCUCGGAACCUCAGGGAGACAUACUUCUGUUUCUCACUGGUAGGGAAGAGAUAAUAUCUGCAACCCAGAAAAUCUCAGAGCAGGCUGCCCUUAUACCCCAAAGCGCACCAGCACUCGUGCCUGUGCCCCUUUACGCCGGCCUAACAGCUGAGCAGCAACUCUACGCAUUCGAACCGGCGGCCGAAAACACACGCAAAGUCAUCGUCUCUACCAACGUGGCCGAGGCUUCAGUCACCAUCGAAGGUAUCGUAUAUGUAGUCGACUGCGGCUUCUCCAAGCUUCGUGCCUACGAUCCAUCCACCGGCAUCGAAAAGUUGACUACAGUGCCCAUCUCAAAGGCUUCAGCCACGCAACGGGCCGGCCGCGCAGGCAGGACCCAGCCAGGGAAAUGCUUCCGAUUAUAUACUGAACAAGCCUACCUAUCCCUAACCCCGGAGACCACCCCUGAAAUCCAACGUGCAAACCUUGCCCCUAUCAUCCUCCAGCUUAAAUCCCUAGGCAUUGAUAACGUCGUCCGAUUUGACUAUAUAUCCUCCCCGCCCUCAGAGCUCUUUGUCCGUGCAUUCCAGCUUCUUUCCUCUCUAGGCGCUAUAGACGACUACGCCAAACUCACCAAGCCGCUGGGCAUCCAUAUGGCUGAGCUACCCGUCAACCCCAUGAUGGCCAAAGUCCUACUCAGCUCGACCAAGUUCGGCUGUCUCGAUGAAAUGCUAUCCAUAGCAGCCAUGACCACUCUCCAGGAUGGCAUCUGGUUCAACCAGGAUGAAAAACGAGGCAUAUCGCCGUCCAUCCGCCAGUUCGCCGUCGAAGAAGGCGACCACCUCACAUAUCUCAACAUCUACCAGGCAUUCGUCACCAAGGGAAGAAAGGAAGCCAAAUGGUGCAAAGACCAUUCUCUCAUUCACAAAUCCAUGAUGAAAGCAGUUAGUAUUCGCGUCCAGCUUGAAAACCAUCUAAAGCGGUUUGGAAUCGACUUGGCCAAACGACAGGCGGCAGCAACCACCGAGCAGAUCCAGCGUUGUCUCACGACCGGUUUCUUUGCUCAUGCAGCUAAGAUGCAGCCUGAUGGGACGUUCAGAAGUAUCACGGGUGGGCUCACAUUACAUGCUCACCCGAGCUCAUUGAUGUUUAAUCGAAAGGCGGAAUGGGUUAUAUUCAAUGAGAUCUUGCAGACGGGGACAAAGACAUUUAUCAAGGACAUUACCAAGAUAGAGAAGGCCUGGCUAUUGGAGUAUGCGCCAGAGUAUUAUGAAGUUAAGAAGUAG